CGCCCACCUUGAGAGCACCAUCAAGAUGACAAAGAACACUGGAGACGCGUUUGGCCGACUUCCCGAGGAGCUCAGAAUCAAAAUUAUCAAACUCACACCAGACUCCUUGUCACUACGGAGCUUGGCCCACGCGUCGCCCGCCAUGGGCAGAGUGCUCGAUAGAUAUCCGCUCAAAAUUGUGGAGGUGAUCCUAAACGCUAGCAUUCCUUUAGCGACUUGUCGCAUAAUAUACGCAGUUUACAAAGGGCGGUUUUCGCGCUUUCCAGCAUCCUUAUCUGAGGCUCAGAAGGUAGCGGAAAUCGACUCGACCAAGGUUGACGAAAUGCAUUCGUCCAGGCUUGAUCAAGCCGCUGCGGUACGGUCUUUGCUCGCCACCAUUGAGAAUGUCCAUGCCUGGUCCCAUGCCUGCCUCGAACAUUUAAUAGAAAAAUCAAUGGAGCUACGGCCCUCCACGCUCAUCAAGAAUGGGGCUGGCCGUACAUCUCGGGAAGAAUUUGAAAAGGCCGAGAGUCGCAAAGACUACCUGCCACAGUAUACCGGCCCCCCUUUGUGGGUGGAAGAGCAACGAAUGAUCAAAGCAUUCUGGCGACUGCAGUUCUUGUUGGAACUUCAGGACGCCGGUAACAAUGGCCGCCUGGGCACCUAUUGGUCGGGGCAAGAAGUUGACAUGCUGUUCGGGAGUAGCCCGGAUGGCUUUUACGACGUAUCCGGCUUCGAGCGAGAGCAGAUUCUGACCGCCUGCGAUUUCCUCGGCGCAGUCACCUCUAGGACUAUUCCUUCAGUGGAAGCUGUUCACGACAACGCUCGUAGUUUGCCAGCAAUACAUUGGGUUGAACGGGCAGUGCCAAGGUGUACCUGUGCCGAGCCUCCCUUUUUCGAGCUCAACAAGGAUGCCUUUAGUCAGGGACCAGACAACCUAAACCGAGCGCCAUGGUCGUACCACUUCCAUCACGCCAUGUCCACCACCGAUGGAUGGCUUGAUGGGUGCCCACUCACGCUCGUUUAUCCCUUUCGGCACUGGCGCAAGUAUGGAUUCGCCAUAUGGGAUGAAAAGCGCAUGGCCGACCUAGGCAUGCGGCACCCAAAAAGAAGGGCAAUCGGAUCGAACUCGCUACCCUACUCUUUUAGAUGGUGGAGCAUCCUAACUACGGAAGAUCUACGUGAGGACUGAUCUAAUCAAUCGUCGAGCCAGUUUUCCGCAGAGAUCCGGGUCCAGUACAAUCAACACAAGAUCAAGAUACGCAAUAGAAAGAGAUGACCAACAGAACAAUCUGAGCGACUAAACAAUGUGAACC